AUGAAAAUCAAGAGUAUCGUUCUAAUUACACCACAGGCACCCAUCAUCAACAAUGUAGCACUACGACUACAAUCAAAAUGGAGACAUGGCUCUCGAACAAUUAGUCUUUUGGAAAAAUAUUCAAACAAGCGGUCUCCACAGCAUUCGCCAUCUUCCCAGGUACCACUGCCUCAAUCAGCAACUGGCGCUCAUUUGAACCUAGAACCUAAUGUGCACCAACACUCUUCUAAUCAAAUAGUUCCAGUAGAUACUCACUGUACUGAAAUCAAAUCACAAAAACCAUCCGCACCUGAAAUGAGUGAGCAAGACGCGAUGGAAGAGGCCAUCUUGCAAGAGUAUUUGAGAAACCAAGCCGUUGCACAAAAAAGGCGUAGCAUGCUUCCUCCAAAUGAUCCCGGCUAUAUUCCAGCCUCUAAUGGAAUACCCGGUAAUAUACGCACGCUCGCUGAUAUUAGUGCAUACAAUCAACAACAGCAACGACAAAAUCAAAAGUUGAUUGUACCAACUAGUCUGGCUGUCGCAACAGUUGGUCAAGGUGCAAUAAAUGAACAGAUGCAGGAGCAAAAAAGACAAGAAAUACAGCGGUAUGAUGACCAUGCUAAAUCACAGUCAUUGCGAAUCGAUAUCAACUCCAGUUCCAAUCCAAAUCUGAAUAAAUCUCGUGAAACUCCAUUGAAUGCAACCCGUCCACUUAGUGGAUCUCAAGUACUGUCAGCUAGUAUUUCAAACAUUGUUGCAACCGAAAAACACAUAACCGAUUCUAUUGAAAUGAUGGCAUCUGCCACUCAAAAAGCAAUUAAACAAUUUAUGGGCAGCGAUGAGAAACUGCAAGAGGCAAUUCGACAAUCUCCCACUCGCUUUACGGUUGUCUCAAAAGACACGUCCGAAACUCCUAUACAGGACACUGUUUUACCAGAAGGGUUUGAGAUGAAAGCUAUCAAGCUUCGAUCCAAUCAUAAAAAUACCAAUAAUUUGCUUUCUGACGAUCCAAACAGACUUGGCGUGCCUUAUCCCGACACCAUUGCAGAUAGACGUCAAUCCAUAGUGCAGCAACAAAAAUCCACUUUACCAAAUUCAGGAGUUUUGACCCAUGCUCCUAUUCCUGAAAUAGUAGCAACUGAAUACAAUGACUUGAAACAGAACCCAGAUGAUGUCCAGUUUAAUAGUCUAAAAAACGGUCGAGCGUCCAGAAUUUCGGCUCAAUCAGCCAGCAUCAAAAAACAAACAUCUAAUAUGACACCAUCAUUUUCGGCAAAACGAACCAUCAGUGAUAUUGGCAAACAAGAAGUACUUUUGGGAGGAAGUAGCUUUGUCAGUCAUACGCGCCGUCAGAGUAGUAUUCAAGUAGCAAAGUACCAAACAGAAGCAGAAGUAAACCUACUGGCAGAACUAGAUGCACUUUCUACUCACUCUGGACCCCAGAAUCAACAUUUGGCACCAAGCACUAGCUAUAGUAUGCAUCAGAAAUCCAUCAGUCAACUCGGUGCUCGCGAUCAUGACAAUACCGAUUCCAAAGCCCAUGAUGGACCUGCAAGCAAUUCAAACGAUCUCGAUAGAUAUGUACAGAAUAUGCAAUAUACAUCACAGCCUGGGUCAAACUCGAGUGUUGUUUCGACAUCUACUUUGCAGGUGAUUUCUGGUAGGACACCAAGAGCUGUUGAAAAAGAAAACAGUUUUAACAUCCCAGAUUCUAAUACCAAUACCAAGCCUAUGGCAAAUAUUGAAGCACCACCAGACCGAUCGUCACACAUGUAUAUGACGGCAACUCCUUCACCCCAAUAUACAUCCAAUACGGCACAUUUGACAGCAUCAGGUAUAGGACCAAGUGCUACACCCUCGCAGUAUAGUGCUCAAAAUAGCAGUAUUUCUGUUGUUCCGCGUUCACCCAAGCCAAACAGAUCUGCUAUUUCAAAUAUAAUGCAGGCAAUGAUGGCUCCAACCGAGCUUAAGAAAAGGAUUGAUGAUGGAUUUGAUUUUGAUCAGAACAUUGGAGGUGUUGGACCAACAGUGCAGAUGAAUGUGCAGCGAAAGAAAUGA